AUGGAAUCAGUAAAUGUUGUUAUAGAUGACAAUCCUGAAGAAUCUGUAGAAACAUCAGUACUUGAUCCAGAGACAGAUCCUCCUCUCAAUGAUAUUGUCUUUGGCUCUACUUUACAAAAGUACACUGAUGAUUUAGUAAAGGUCAUGAAGGAAGAAUUUGAGAUGUCCAUGGUAGGCCAACUGAUAUAUUUCCUAGGGCUGCAAGUUAAACAAAGUUCUGAAGGGUACUUUAUCUCACAGGAAAAGUACGCUAAGAAUUUGGUCAAGAAGUUUGAUCUGGAAUGGUGUAAACCAUCCAGGACACCUAUUUCUACCUCCACGAAAGUAUCUAAAGAUGACAUUGGUGCAUCAGUGGAUAACACAGUCUACCAAAGAACAAUUCAGUAUGGGCUAUGGUACUCCAAGGACAGUGGACUUAGUCUGGUUGCAUACUGUGAUGCUGAUUGGGCAGGAAAUAUUGAUGACAGAAAGAGUACUUUGGGUGGAUGCGUCUUUGUUGGUAAGAACUUGGUAUCAUGA